CACAAACGGUGGCCGCCGCGCGCUCACUGCCUGCUCGCUCGUGCCAACUCGCUCGCUCGUUCGUCUCGUUCGCUUCGCUCCGCCAGCACAGUGUAAUAUGAUUGAAUUGGAUUAGUCAACUGCUGGUAUUAUACCAGAAAACAUCGUUUUUUGAUAGGGGUUCGAUAGGCGAUUAUUGUGCGGUGUGCGGUUUUUCGGUUCUCGCGCCCCCGAAAUUUUGUCCGCAAAACGAGCGCGCGCUCGCUCCCUGCCUGCCUGCCUGCCUGUCGAGAAUGAGAUAUGUGAGUAGUGGUCGUCGGUCCCGCAAUGAGUUGCUAGUAGCCUUGUUCUAGCAGCGCCGAGUAGUGCACUGCAAAAACGGUAGUAGUGUCGAUCGACCUCGAAUCCGCACAGACCCGACCUUACACACGUCGACGACGGUGCAGCAGAAUUCGCGCGUGUCCGCGUACCGAACCUGCGGUGACGAAAUAAUCUGACGGAAUGUUCCCAAUGAGCUUUGGUUUGUUUUCUGAAUUGUUUUUGACGAGUUUUUGUGAAUUGUUCGAUUUUUGACCGCGAGACCAAUUUCGACGAUCGAAGCAGGCCGAUGAAGAACACGGCUUUCCGCGACCACUGACUGGUGUCGUCGGGUAUCGAGAUCGCGCACGGUUGACGUGAUCGAUGGCCAAAAGUUCUCGAGUGACAGCUGCGAGUGUCAACAAAUGAAGCGUAGCGGUGCGUGUGAUUUUAAUGGCUUUUUGAAAAAAUCGUCAAUCGGUCCGCAUCGUCUCUAUUCUUGGGUUCUCUGCCUUUCGGUCUUCGAUAAAAAUUAAUUAAGACAGCACACAAUUCGGGUCAGCCGAAGCCGCCAGUGUGGCAGAACGAAGAAAAAUUAAUGUGACAAAACUCAAAAAUAGAAAAUUUCGGCACACGGGGGACACUCUUGGGUUAGAAGACGGCGUGGAGAAUCGUUGUGUUUUCGUGGGAAGUUUUAUGUGUUGUUUACAUCUAAUGUGAAAUUAAUUUCUGACCUUCGACGAGACGCGAAAGUCGAUUCCCGAUUGUUGUUGAUUCGAAGUUUGAAACGAGAAAAAAAAAAUCGAAAAAAAAGCAUCAUGCAUGAGGUGGAUGUGAUUUAAUGACCUCAAACGGCGACCACAAGAGAAAAACAAAACCCACCACCCAAAAGUGCAAUUUUAUGACAGAGCCGUCAAAAUGCAAUAAAAAGCCAAUUUAUCGACCACAGAAGAAAAGAAGAAACAACGGCAAAAUAAAGCGCGUCCGAUGAACGGUGUAACAGUGAAGUUGUUCCGAAGGCGAAGAAAGAAGAGAUGUUCGGUGUUCGAUACUGUAGUAGGCUGUGCUUAGAAUAAACAUCACUUCAGUGAAUGAUCAGGUUGCUGCGACUGAAGAAAUCCUAAAUCAAAGCCCAUCCAGAUCGUAGGAGCCUGUGAAAACAGUGUAUCCCUCAGAACAAACUGUUGAAUCGCAGCAGGCCAGUCCUGUCCCCAUCCGUGGUGCGUGAGUGUAAUCCCUCGUAACAACGGCGGCCUCGUCGUCCAGUGCUGCUGCUGCUGCUGCGACUGGUGGCCGGCUGCUCGAAGGGGUUGGUGGUGGAAGACCACCACCACCGUCUCCGCCCUCACCGGAACCCGGUCCCGACCAGCACCACCGAAUGCAGCCAACCGCAGUGCCGCACGGUAGCACGGGAGGUGGUGAUAUGGACCUCCCCACCGUACAAUCGAUGGAUUGGGUGUUCCAGAACAAGCAGCUCUACUUCCUAGCGCAGUAUCUAGCACAGCAAGCCGAAAAGAAGGAGAAACUAUCGCCCAACAGUACGACAGCGGCCAGCAUGGAUGGACUGCUGAGUGCAGCGACUGCCACCACAGCGGCUACGGCGGCCACCACCACGACCAACGUUUCGUCGCCGCCGCUGGCGUCGUCCACGAUCAUCGAGCAGAAUGGCGUUACGCCACCGUCCCCAUCGACGACUCCGCUCUCCGACGACGCCGGCAGCGUCAGCGGGAAGCUCAAGCUGGAUCUCACCGGCGGCAGUCCGGACAAACCCGGUCUCGACGGAGCGGUCGAUUCGCGGCUGGAUCUGCUUAAGGACGCCAAAUCGUUUAUUAUGAACAAUAACAACAUCAACAGCAGUAACAAUAACAACAAUAACAAAAGUGACAGUUGUAGCAGUAGUAUCGGCCACAGGGUCAGCCCGAGUCCGACGGACAAGGACCGGGAUAGUGGAGGAGCUAACAGUAGCUGCAAUGAUCAACACAGCAGUAAAGAUAACCCGGCGGACAAAAGUUGUAGCGCUGGCAACCAGGCGCAAACCGGUAGCAAUAGUCACAAUGACAGUAGCAGUGGUAGCUGUAGCGCCGAGGGAAACGAUAGUGGUGAAUCGAAGGAGGCCGCGGCGGUGGCCGCCGAAAGCCGAACGGCGCCCAAAACGCUUGCGGAGGAACUAUCGGCAAAGGAUAGAGAGGUAAGUUGCUACAGGCAGCAGGCGCCAACCGGAAACAAAGGGCCCCAGCGGGAAAAAUACGGAACGCGCCGAAAUAAUGGCAACGACGACGACUGUCCUACCCCUCACCUUGCGCGCUCGUCCGAACCCAAGUGGCGUAUAGUGGCAAUAUCAGGUGAUUUCCGAAUAAUACCUUUAAUUUCGAGGCGGCUGUGGUGGUAUUUUUAUGCGGAUAUACCGACUCCCACUCCCCCGAUCCCGAUGCGAUGUCUUCCUUCGGAUCCGGAAUCCGGAAAGGGACUUGCCUUGGCCGCAAAGUGAAAAACGUGUAAACAAUGAGCGCAGCACACCCCUGACGCUGACAGGGCUGCGCGUUGAACCCUGCGGAAUUCCCGCGACAGCCAGUGCACCAGGCAGCAGCAGCAGCGUUCCCAUUAGAGUUGAUAUAUUAUCGCAAUUUUGAAUAUUAUUUUUUAAUGAAAGAUGUCAUUAGCGGUAAUGGAUUCAAUAUGGCGGCCACACCGGGAAGAAGCACUCCGAAAGCGAAGGCUUGUCUUUCUUUCGAGAAGAGGCCCGGCAGUCGACGAGUUGUGCUGCAGCUGGUACUUGCCAUCCCGCAAGUUGAUUCUAAAAUUUCACAUGCGGGUCUGGCGCCGAACCCAACUUCUAUUGAGACGCAAUAAUCCAUCGUCGCACUUAAUUAUUGCAUCAUUUCCAAUAUGUGUUUUCGGUGGCGUGCUCUUGAUAACCCCUCCGGUUUUUUUUCUAUUUUGUUUCAAACGCUUCAUUCUGAUCACUAUGAACAGCAAUAAACGUCAUUGACUGCCAGUUUCGGAAUCGAGAUUCGAUCAGCGUAAUCAAAUUUCGGUGCCAAUACAACGCGGUGAUCGUUCUGUUAUUGUCAUAGACAGACGGAUCUAUGCGGAACACAGUAUGCUGAGAUUAGCAAGCAUCAAUGUCAAAUGCUCAUAAGCUACUAGUACACAGGGUCAAAUAUUUGUCUAAAAAGAAACCAAUGUCC